AUGCGCAAUGCCGUCUCGGCUUCUCGGUGUCUCGGGGAGAUUGCAAGAAGAUGAUGAGCUGAGCGGCCGGCGCAGACUGAAUGCAUAAUUGGCCUAUCUUAGUCAUAGAUUUUCACUUGCCUUGUCUAGUUUCUUUGCCAAAUUCGCUGUUUAAUGUCGAAGUGUACCGUAAACCGUUUGCGGGUGUAGAAACUAAAUAGCAGUAACGGCAGAAGAAGAAGAGAGAGAAGAAGAAGAAGACCGCUGAGAGGGAGUUGGGCAUCAAAUUGCACCGGAUGUCAUUACACGCUCUUAAAUAUCGAGGAGGUAAGGACGUGCGACGUUUUUGCUGUGGGUUUGAGCUGUCUUUUAUCUAUCAUGCCAGCUGCUUUUUGCUUAAAAUACUCGUUGAAUAGGUUAAAUCCCAGUGUAGAGCAUAUUCAGGGCUUAAUUAAGCAUCUUAGCUGGAAAAGAGCCAAGUCCUUUGUCUGCGACAUAUCAGGUAUUUUAUGUGCGUCAGUAGAUACACUUUUAUCCAAGUCUGUGUUGGUGCAGUUUUAUCCGCCCACCUGUUAAACCUCUGCAAAAAAACCUCCAGCAAAUUCAUUUUUAUAGUCGUUUCUUUACAUGUAGAGGUUUAUCCAUCUGUUAAAUAGCUGAAAUCAGUUUUAAUGUUUAAUUAUUUUACUAAAUUACAUUCAGGGUGUUGCUCUGAGUGCAGCUUUUAUUAAAUUUCCAAUUCAAUUUUAUUUUUAUGGCACUUUUCAGACUAAAAAUGCAGUUCAAAGUGUCUCACAGGGGCUAAAAACAACAAUUAACAACAAUAAAACCCCAACCUCACACCCACACACCCACCCAUGGACACAGACACACUACCACCCUCACACACACUCACACAUACACACACAAGAGUGAGAAUUCAAGAUAUAUUGUUAAGUAAGAGCUCUUUACCAUGUAAAAGGGGUAAAAGAGGUAAAAAACCUCUAAGCAAGAAUAAAAAAAAAAAGACUAGAACAUAAAAUGACAGAAAAUAUGAACAUUUGCAAUAAGAGAGAUAUGAAAAGGCGUCCAUUUUCUCCAUGAUCAAUGCUUUUCAGUGUGCCAUUUCACAUGUGAGCAGCAGAUAACCAUCGGGCAGGCUUGUGGGUCGUUGGGCAUUUGUACUUAGGCCUACAUCUAAGCUCGUAGAUCAAUUGAAUUUAAGCCUCUUGAGCGAAACCUGCUGACACAUGCGCCCCUGUCUUUUUGUGUGCGCACAGACCCGGUUAACCCUCUCUAUCUCAUUUCCCUGCGCGGCCCAUCGAGACUAAACCAGAGUUUAGAUGGUCAUGUACUCCCCCCCUCUGUGGCUCUGUAUGUUACCAUGUGAGCUCCGGCAAAAACAACACCAGUCCUGCAGUAUCAACUUAAAAUACCCAGUUAGCACAGUUAUAAUCACUAUCUACAGGGUUAUAUAUUAUUCAAAAUGAGCCUGACCUGACACAUGGGAUCUGUUAAAGAUUAUUAUGAUCUGUUUGCUUAAUUAAAGUCAAUAAGAUGCAUAUUUGAUAUCAGUCUCGUGCUGUCAGUAAUCUACAGAAGCUACUAGGAGCAGUAUCUCUAUUUUUCCAUCUAGAUAUCUAAUCGAAUAGGUGGAGUAACCCUGUAAACUCCACCUUAUUUUCUAUAAUUAUCUCAAAAAGGUGUGACCCUUCAGCAGUCGUGAAAAUCAAUAGCAAGUGCAUUAGCAUCGCGGUGUUGAGUCAAGAGAGGCUCUAAUGCUGUCUGUCCGCAUCAAAUCUUCACAUUCAUAUUGAGCUGAAAGUCCAUAUUUGGAGAUUUGAUAUGACACAGCACAGUGCAGACCUCCAUCUUUGAAGGGGCCUGAGUAUCCCGUUUAAAAGGAUGUUUGUUUUUUUUACAGUAAGUGUGUUUGAAAGCCAUUACAACAGGGAGUGACACACACACACACACACACACACACACACUUACUGAUAUCCUAACUGGAGUCUAUCAUUUCAGUUUGGGUGGUCCUCCUGACUCACUUGCUCUCUCUUUGUUCCUGCCACAGUGUAAUCGAGACCAGAACCAUGGAGGUUGUAACACAUUUUGUGAAUGACACUGUAGAGUUUUACAAAUGGAGCCUUUCUAUAGCAGGUAAGAUCUUCACAGUCACUCGAAUAUGUUCAGUUUAAUUUGAUGAUUGUUAAAGUUAUUAGUCUGGCAGAUCAUAGCUGAUUAAGACAAAGACCUGCUCCCUCACUGAGAUAGUAAACUGUCUCUGUAUUUGUACUAUGAGGUUGUUUAAUUAAGCUGUUAUCCCUCAUAAUGUCAGUGUCGUAUGAGCUGCAGUAAACAUGUGAUGCUGUAUCCGCUCUUCCUGAACAGCUGCUGCUCUUUGCUUUACAUUAUCCUUAAUUUCCUGAUAAUGAAAUCAACUCUUUUAUCUCCAGACAAGAGGGUAGAGAAGUGGCCGUUGAUGUCCACUCCUCUUCCCACUCUGGUCAUCAGCUGCCUGUACCUGCUCUUCCUGUGGGCGGGGCCUAGAUACAUGCAGGACCGUCAGCCCUAUACACUCAGGAAGACCCUCAUAGUGUACAACUUCAGCAUGGUGGUGCUGAAUUUCUACAUCGCCAAAGAGGUGAGGAGGCAGAUUGUUAUCAAGACUUUUAAAGGAGGAUGACAAAGCGUUUUCAACAAGAUCCUACAAACUUCCGUCGCCUGUGUUGAAAUAGUUUCCUAUAUUACUUGAGAUUUUUGCUUGUUAAACCCCACAAAUACAAGAUUAGACUAUCAUCUUGCAAAGGAAACACUUACAGACUGCAGAAGUCCAAACCCUCCAGUAUAUGAUGUUUUAAUUUUUGCUAGUUUUAUGCAAAUUUGAGAAACGUAGUCUGUGCAGCCUUCACUACGUAAUAUUUCAAGAGGUUGUUCAUAUAGUUUCUUCUCCCAGAGUCAGUUAUAAAGGACUCAAAACUUUACUUUUUAGCUGAACUGUUGGUCCCUCCUCAUAGAUUCUUUGCUUUUACUCUUUCAAUGAGACGUUUCUCUUGUUUUUUAACCAAUAACCUGUUUUUAUAUUCCUUAAUUGUGAUAUUUCUUUGAGGUUGCUUGAACUACAAAAACAUCUUUCGGUCUUCUUCCUCGCCCUGACUCUGUCUUUUCUUUCUCCCCAUCAGCUCCUACUAGGUUCUAAAGCAGCGGGGUACAGCUACCUCUGUCAGCCGGUCAACUACUCCAAUGAUGUCAAUGAAGUCAGGGUGAGUUUCCUGCAGAACACACCAGCUCUAACAGGUAUACACCCACAGAUUCACACUCCCCUGUGAGCCGAGACGCCGGACCUGUCGAUGUGUACGGAUGGUUUAAUCCUACUGUUGGCGUUAAGGAGAUCACUGUAACUAUAUAUCAGAGCAUUUGGAUAAGUCAAAGGUCAGAGGAGGAAAUAAAUACUCUGUGAUAAAGGUUAAUUUCUCUAGCGGUUUCAGGACAAAGAAGGUGGGGCCUGCGCUCAGAUAGGUCGGGGUAAUUGGUCUCGCCACCGUGAGACUCCGCCCACAUCUCCACCUUCAGGCCUUAAUACCGCAGCAGCCCCUGGCUUAGAGGGUGGCCAUGUGUGUCUCAGGCUGGGAGGAGUGAAGUGAAGUGGUUUACGGCGUGCUUUUCAGGACAGUCGGCUGUCAGUUUAGAGUCAGGUUGAUGCUGUCUGUGUGAUUUAUAAAACCACUGUGAAUGGGUCAAUAUACUGUUUAUAUGUGAUACUGAAGUUACGCUUUAAGCCUCCAGUGGUCCAGAGUGUUAUAUAAUCCACAUAUCAUAUUAUACAGUCAUCAUUAUUGACCUUAACACUGUGUUUAAAGCUUAAUGUCUCACUUUAUUUGUCUUUUUACCUGUUUAUAUGUUCAUUAAUCUUAUAACACAGCAGAGAAAACACUGAAUACAUCAGAUCCUUUCUGUCUCCAUGAUUCUUAAACUGAAUAACAGCAGGUUUUAUAGGGAAACAGUCGUCCUAUUCUCGGUUUAAGGAUGUUUUAAAGAUGCUGUUUCAUACAUAUAGACAGAUAUUUGCGUCUCUGCUCUGACUCACCCGGUCCGUUUCACAUCCACAGAUAGCAUCUGCUCUCUGGUGGUACUACAUCUCUAAAGGAGUGGAGUUCCUAGACACGGUCUUCUUCAUCCUGAGGAAAAAGUUCAACCAGGUCAGCUUCCUCCACGUCUACCAUCACUGCACCAUGUUCAUCCUCUGGUGGAUCGGUAUCAAGUGGGUCCCUGGUGGACAGUGUGAGUAAAAAAGAAGGAUUCAGAUUAACUCUGAUAUCGAGGAUGUUAAUCUUACUGCUGUUUGACGAAGAUGCUGUUUUAUCCCCCUUUAGCAUUCUUUGGUGCAACCAUCAACUCCUCCAUCCAUGUGCUCAUGUACGGUUACUACGGUCUGGCAGCUCUGGGACCUCAGAUGCAGAAGUAUCUCUGGUGGAAGAAAUACCUCACCAUAAUUCAGAUGGUGGGUGUAACUCCAGGACUGUUGUUUUUUUAUUUGCAGGACUAUAAAUAUGCUUUCACCUAACUUUUACGAUCGUGUUUCCUCUACAGAUCCAGUUCCACGUGACCAUCGGACACGCCGGCCACUCUCUAUACACCGGCUGUCCGUUCCCCAACUGGAUGCAGUGGGCUCUGAUUGGCUAUGCCGUCACCUUCAUCAUCCUCUUCGCCAACUUCUACUACCACGCUUACCGACGCAAACCCUCCUCCUCGCAAAAAGGAGGAAAACCGGUCGCCAACGGCAGCUCCAUGGUAACCAACGGUCACAGCAAAGCGGAGGCGCUGGAGGAUAACGGGAAGAGGCAAAAGAAAGGAAGAGCCAAGAGGGAGUAAAGGAGGAAGAGGGCUUGCUUGGACGUUUGUUUUAAGGGCCAGAGAAGGAGGAGGAGGGAUGGGAGGGGAGGGAUAAACAAACCAAAGCGGCUUCGUCCUCCCCGCCAGUAAUGUAGAAGGAUGCAAUUUGUGACCAACUUUGAAGGGGGAAAGGGUAGCAGUGUGUGUAUGUGGGUGUGUCUGUCAGGGUUUCUGAGAGGAAGAGAGGGGUGUUGGUUGUCUCCAUAACAGUUUUUUUUUUUAUCUUAAAGAAAAGCAGAACGCUGAUCACGUAGGCCGGCUCUGCACUCUCCUGUCCAGCUGUGUUUGGGACCGUAAAGGACCAAAAUAUUAGAGGACCUACAAACGGCUCAGCAUCCACUAACCUGUCAACCAAAAUUCACCUCCAACUUUUGUACUCUGGAUACCGGUAUUACUUUAAAUGAAAGCUUAAAUAGACCUUAAUAUGCUAAUUUAUAUUCUAGCACUCUAAAGAGUUUUAUUUUAAUGAUUUCCAACACAAAGAGCAUGCAGAAGUUGAUACCAAAGGCUUUUUUUUUUGGAUCAGGGGGGAUUUUUGUUUACAAAUUUGUAAAAACGACAUUAAGACGCUGUCAAAACUGCCAUCAACUGAAUCGACUACCUUUUAUUCCACUACGACAACGACCAACCCCAUGCUGUUUGAAACAGAUCUAACUGUGCUGCAUUUACAACAACAACAACAAGCUAUUUUUUCUUUGUAUUCAUUGUGAAUUGAAAACCUGGUUUAAUCACUUUGGAGGGUAGGGUGGGAGGGGGCUGUAGUUUCUUUUAGUAUUUAUGCAAAUUUGUGGGUAUCUUUGUUAUAAUACUUUUGUGUGGGUCCUCAUGAUUUAUUUCUUUUUGCUGUGCGAUGUAGCUGAGGUGCGAGAAUAAGAGAUUGAAGUUGAGCUCGGUGUUGUCUCACUGCCAUGUAGGACUGAAGGGAACGUCUUCCUGAAAACAGCUUUUAUAAAAAAAACGUUAAAUUCAUUGUCUUAACGAAGAGGAACGCAACAGCUUCUGGCUGCACAUACAACUGAAAUAAAGACAAUGUCAGCACCCCGCA